AGCCAAGUCUGAAAUGUCCACGACAGCCAAGUCUGAAGGUGUCUGCGACAGCCAAGUCUGAAGGUGUCUACAACAAUCAAGUCUGAGGGUGUCUACAACAGCCAAGUCUGAAGGUGUCCUCAACUUCUAAGUCUGGAGACGCCCUUAACCUCGAAGUCUGAAAGAUAUUGCUGCCAACUCGAGUUGUCAGUGACUACCAAGUCUGAACUCUCACACAAAUAAAAUUCGCCAAUCCUGAUAAUUCGAACUGAGGCGAUAAUCCCUUUCCUCGGACUCGUCCAGAGCAUUACACAUAUUUCACACACAUGCAUAAUGCUUCUGAAAAAAAAAAAAGUUUUGGGAACAAUUUUGGAAACAGGCUGAAGAUGUCUAUGUAAAUAUGCGGAUGUGGACCACCACAGGCAGACUUACAAGGCUGGACGAGUGUGGCUUAGACAGCCUAUUUUAUUUUGUGGACAUGAAAUAACUGGAAAAUGGGGAAAACACAGUGUGUUGUAGACCAGUAUGUGAAGGAGGUUGCUGACUUUAGUUCUCAGUAUGGGAGUGAUGGCUCCAUAUCCUAUGUUGCCAACAACAUCAUAGGAAAACCUACACUUUAUCCUGAAUAUGGCGACUUUUCCUCAGCCUAUUGCCUGCAGACAUAUGGGAAAUGGUGGACUAAAUGUGAGUCAGCCACUGUGCCGAUUGAGGAUCCCCGACCCCUCCUCCCACCCACUGUGGAUUUUAUUGAUGUUAGAUACGAGUUCCCAGUGUACCCCAUUCGAGUAGACUUUUAUGAGACCUAUCAUCCGGGAAGUGUGGUGAGGGUCUGGGGGUCGUUGGAAGGCCAAGGAUGGAUACUUCUGUGGUCAGGUGAACCUCAAACAGGUUUGAAGUCAAUGGCUCGAAUAUUCUCUCCACCUAUCAGACAACCUAAUCAUCUUGUAAACUUGCUGAGAAUAGAGUUUGACCAGCAGUAUCAGAAGUACUACUCUGCUCUAGAUUCUAUCCUCCUGGUGGGCUCGACACAUACUGCAAGCAAGUCAUUUGUAAACUCAGGAGAUUCCUUAACGUCACAAAUUAUCAAGUUGGGACUCCAUACAUCCAUGUGUGAAGAAAAUAUCCUUACUGGUGUACAGUUUCUUAUGUCAGAAGGAAAACUUCAAAAGUUUUUGGCAGAGGAACUGAUACAACCAGAAGAUCUCUUGAGAGAGGAGAAGGCAGACAUAAUGAAUGUGAGGGUGAAUGAGGAACAUUCAACAGCAAUAGGUGAAGAUACACAGCAGGAGGACAUAGUGGAGGUUGCAGAGGUUGAAGGAACAAAUGGAGGCUAUUUUGACUUGUUGCCUGAAGAGCUGAUUAUCUACGUACUUCGUCAGCUGGAUAUAAGAAGUUUAUGUCGCUUGGUUCACACAUGUAAGCUGCUUCAGAAAUAUGCCUCUGAACCUUGCCUUUACAUGAGGUUAAAUCUCAAGAAUUGCUGGUGGUUGGUAAAGAACUCUACCUUAAAAUGCCUUUCUUCAAAAUGCUCUCUCCUGCAAGCCCUUGAUCUCUCCUGGUGUGGACCUUACAAUGCUGUAGACACAGAAACUUUCAUGGAGUUCAUUCACACGUGUGGUCGACAGUUGAUCACACUAAGACUUAACAAUUGUCAUUUUAUAGACAACUAUUGCCUGUACAUGAUAGCUAAUGUAUGUCUUAAUCUUGAGGAAUUGAGUAUGGCUAACUGUAGCAAGGUAGACAAUCUUGGCUUUGGAGAGCUGAAGAAGGCCUGGGCUCUUAGCAGGCUGGAUCUUUCUCGUACACGCAUUGAUUUCCACACACUACAGCUUCUGUUGCAACAUGCAGGCCAACUUCGUCACCUAAGUCUUAGUAACUGUACCCAACUGGACAUGGAUGAAGUGGCUCUGACACUUGCAACAUUCAGUCGUGGUUUGAUAUCAUUAUCUGCAUGGAAGACUCGUGGAAUCACUACAAGGGGUCUUCGUGCUCUCGCCUGCAUACCAACACUCCAAGAUCUGGAUCUUGGCUGGGCGCUCUCGGGAGCAAUAACAGAAGGAUUAGGAGAGCUUGUAAGAGGAUGUAAAGGCUUAAGAAGACUAUAUCUUACAGCCUUGAGAACAUUAACUGAUAAUGAUUUGCACCAGCUGACCACUCAUGCAGGACAGUUAACUUGGUUAGACAUAAUGGGGACAAGAAAUGUAACUCCAGAAGCUGUUCACAGCACUGUCCUUUGCACUUUCAUAGGACCCAUGCUUAGAAAAACGAAAUUAGGCCAAAUGACUGUAAAAAAUAUUGCUUCAAAGCUGUCAAAAUCUUGAGCUGUUGGAUGUGGGUUUUUGUGAGCAGAUCCAUUCCACUUUUGUACAUGAGUGGGCACUUCAGUUUCCCAAAGUUUCCAUCAAGGGAGGACUUCGGCAUCAAGUUCGCAUUGUCUAGUGUCUUAUAUGGCAGCUUGGUGUAUACAGUAUUUAUUUUUCUUGGACACCUAAUAAACAAAAGAUAAGAAGACUGUAGUUCCUGUAAACACAAGCAUGGCAGCAUCUGUGGUUAACAUUUUCUUUGCUAUAGUUACUUUUCUCCAGUAACUUAGUUAAUAAU